UCAAAGUUUUGGAGCUAAAACGUCUGUGAGGACAAAAAGAGCAAAGAGGGAGGAUAACAACAACUGGGAGAAAAAAAAUCAAAGACAGUCAAGGGUACAGACUCAAAGGCACUGAAGCUGAAGGGAUACCAGACUUUUCCCUCAUCUCCAAGCAGCCAUGGUCUUCCUGCUCAUAUUCAUAACUGUGCUGCAUCUGGUCACCUUGGCUAUGCUCCUCGUCGCUACCCUGGAGAAGUCCUGGUGGAUAUGGGAUGAUUUAGAAAUCACAGACCUCUGGUAUAACUGCUUCCAUGAUAAUGCCACAAAGACCUGGAUGUGUGCUGCUACUAAUGAAAGCGACUGGCUGCAGUCUGUCCAGGCCCUCAUGGUCCUCUCUGUGGUCUUCUCCUCCAUCUCCUUCCUGGUUUUUCUCGGUCAGCUGUUCACCAUAUCCAAAGGAGGACUCUUCUACUUCACAGGCCUCUGUCAGGCCUUUGCAGGUUUCACAACCUUUGCUGCUUGCCUCAUCUUCACCUUCCACAGAAAGGAGAUCUUAAGUGACUCCAGAGAUCUAAGCAAGGGACGCUUUGGCUACUGUUUCAUCCUGGCGUGGCUGUGUGUCCCUCUCCUCCUGGUUAGUGGAGUCCUAUACGUCCACCUGCGCAAGAAGCAGUGAGCCAAAAACUGGAAAAAACUCUUAAUAAGAGUGUGAUGCUCUGCACUUACUUUCCGGUUAACAGUAAGCGCCCAUGAGGAAAUUAUACAAUUCUGUUACAUGGUACAGUAUGCAUGAUCAUUAUGUCAUCAUAGUGGCAUCUCUGUCAGUGAGACACAUUGUUGUUACUCAAGACCAGAUCAAGCAAUUUGUGUUUAUCUGUUCUGUGCAUCAUCUGCUAUUACCUGUCACACAUUGUGGAAUUUGUUUUGUAUGUCUGAAGAUGCCAAUAAAAAAA